AUGAGACAACGCCGUGACCGUGAAGCGCGCAAGAAAGCGGAGCAGGAAGCAAGGGAGAGAGACAAGCAAGAAACAGAAUGGCGAUUGCAGCAGGAGCAGGAGCUGCAACAGCAGCAGAUUCAACAGUUCCCCCAACCGGGGCGACAUAUCCCGGCUGCUGGCGCUGCCGUUGAACCCACGUCAGGUCAACCAAGACAAGGGGGAGGAGUCACCACGCAAGAUCAAAGUUCAAGGCACGAUCGAACUGGCGGCUUGAGCACUUCCCGAAUACCAACAGGUUCCGCUCCAGUUGGCACUUCAUCCGUUAUGCAGCCAGUCGUGCCCUCGGGUACGCGGCAACAAGCUACUGCGCCGGAGUCGCGUCUAACAGGAGAUGGAGCUCAGCAGCCUCAGACUUCCCGUCAACGAGGGCCGUCAGUUUCCCAGCAACACCAGCGACCUGCUCCUGCAUCUUCUCAGCUCUCUGCCCGGGCUACAACCGGAGCAUUUGUGCAGCCCACUACUUCCUCAUCACAGGCCAGACCGCAAACCAUGUCUACGCAAGCGCCUCCACAGCCCGGAGAGCCUAGAAUCUCUCAGAACCAGCAGACCGAGCCUCCCCUUCAAUCAAGUCAGCAGACUAAGACACAGUCUCAACAACAGCAAAGUAGACAAAGGGCUGCAUUUCCGCACGCUUUUGAACGUUGGGAGACGCUUUCAUCCCAUUGGGAAGGGUUGACUGGAUACUGGAUACGACGGUUGGAGCAAAAUAAUGAUGAACUCAGCCGCGACCCCCUCAACCAACAGAUGUCAAGGCAAAUAACUGACCUUUCUGCAGCCGGCGCAAACUUGUUUCAUGCUGUAGUUGAGUUGCAACGCUUGCGAGCAUCCUCGGAACGAAAAUUCCAGCGCUGGUUUUUUGACACGCGUGCCGAACAGGAACGGGCCCAGGAGGUUCAGGCGGAUCUGGAGAGACUAUUAAGAAAUGAACGUCAGGCUCGCGCGGAGGCAACAAAUUCAAUUGCAAAAGUUGAGACUGACAAGUUAAGGGCUGAGGAACUAAUUCGGGAAAUGCGCCGUGAAUUGCAAAUAUCGAAAGAGGAAGCUAGGCGUGCUUGGGAAGAACUUGGGAGAAGAGAACAGGAAGAACGCGACCGGACAGUAUCUUUAAGAAAUGGUGAGCCGACUAUAGUUGGCGGUGUGCAGGUGGUCCCAAUGAUGCAAUCUGCGCUUAGUAGACAGACUAGUACAAAUCGUCCGCCAACAAGAGAAGGCCCUUACCCCGGCGGCCCUGGACCCACAUCAAUGGGCGGACAAGCGAGACAAGACGUUCCCGAGCCCUCCGAACAUUAUGUGUAUGACAACCAGGUCUCAUCUCCAACAGCCACAGACCCCUUCGUCGAAACCACACGUGAACAUGGCUUCCCGUCACAUCAUGCCAUUGGAUCCUCUCCUCCAAGACAGCCACCAACAUCUGCAGCGGCUAUGUCCACCGCACGCAUAGCUACUACUCAAACACUAGCUGCUGCGUCUUCCAGCCCAUAUAGCCAAUCUCACCUCGCUGAGGACACACACGGGCGAUUCUAUGAGCACGAAUCCUCUGCUCUCCAAAGAAGCGAUCAUAAGACCAACACCGCCGAUGAGGGUUCUUAUGUACCAACUAGCGAGCCAGGCGGAAGCGACCUUGGAUCAGAAGAGUAUGACCUCCCCGAUGCGGCUUACAGACGGAACCAACAGGACCGGGAUCGUCGAAUUGUGUAUCCCCGCACCAUCUCCGACGAUAGUGACGACUAUGAGAACAUGGAACGUAUGCCUGAAGGCGAAUUUGGCCAGCGAUUUGAUGGAAUGACUGGCAUUGAAUACGGUAGCGGACCACCUGGUAGUUCACCUGAAGAAACACAUGGCGCUGGGUACGACCCUAGCGUCGAUUACAGUGGAUCUGGCUGGGGAGGAGGAGGUUCUGGGUCGACUUGGGAUUCUGUGACACCACGUCAUCGACACCCCACACGGCUCAGCGAUGUUUUAGAAGAGGAUGAGAGAAGUCGAACGAGUCCGAGUCGUGCGAGCCAGGCGAGUCGUGGCGGUGGUCAGUAG